AUGGUAUCCCGCAGUCGUUGUGUGUUACCGCUGCGUACCGGUCGACUCAGUGUGAAUGUUUAGUUCAGUUCAGGGCAACCGAGGUUGCAUGGAAAUUACACCGUGAAGCAAACAUCGACAAAAAUAAGAAUGCCUCGCUUAGAGAAUCCACCACCGGAAGACUUCCGCCGCAUCCUACGCGAAAAGGCACUGAACCACAGUUUAUUUUACAUGAAACUGGGGGCAGGAAUCGGCCCCGAGCAUGCGCGGGAGUCCUCACAGCCGCAUAAUCAGUCCGCGCGCCGACAGAGCGACACUGCUGCCCGCGCGCGCAAUCGCCAAACUCAACCGCGCGUAUCAGAACUUCUCAAACAUUUCGAACCUGGACCGAUGCAGUAUUUGCGUCUGCCACGAGCGAUAACACCCCAAGAAGACAUCAGUUCAUCAGAUGAUGAUGAUAGAGCGGCCAUCAGGCGCCGCAGCCGUGACCUGAGCGACGAUUCGGCAGUCGAGCUGGAGCCGCGAAGACGGCAUUCCCACCCUCGGGAUAUAACACCACCGCCAGAUACCAUGUCGCCGAGGAGAGAGAGAACAUUAAUAGAGGCUAAUGUGGUGGAAAUAGGGAGACGUGGCAGUGAGGGAUGUGAGACCAGAGCGCGGUGUGUGAGGACUCCCAGUGUGGUGGUUAGUGACUACUCUGAUGGUAUUGCUGUGGGUGCUACUGAGGAAGAAGUGGACUGGCUGCGUGCGAGAUCCCUAUCAGCUGACUCUGCGUGCUCGUCUUGUUCUACGCUCUCCAGCCGAGAGGAUGAGGAAUUUGAGUCUCCACCUAUGCCGAAAAAGAUCUUAAAUGUCGAAUGAAGGCGGGUGCCCUGAGCGACCUGGAGCUGGGACCAUCUUCGGGAUUCAACACUGUCUUAUCUGUACCAUUCGAGGGACCAUAGAGAAUCGAUAGAUGUGUAUGACAUAUACAAAACUUUGUGAAACGGUAGUCUGUUGUUUAAAACCAUAGACAGCAGUUGAAACGUCAUGAACAUUUUGAUUAAUCUAUUCUCUAUUGUCAAACAAAGUUUAUAACAUAAAUAUUUAUUCUCGGUUAUUCUAUGGUAUUAUUGACGAUUACCUGUCUAGUGCUAUCGAACUGACAUUCAUAUUUAUUUGAUAACAAUUCAUGUAAAAUUUAUUUAAGGCGUAAACGACACUAUAGGAAUUCAUUAACGAAUAUGUAUGGGAAUGAAGUUUGUCUACGGUUUGUCACGUGACCAUUUUCAUACAAAUUCGGCUGAGGUCACGCCAAUUGAAAAGUGAUUUUGUCUCAAGCCACUAAUGCAAAAAGCAUGUUACGCUACUCAUACAGACUGUUAAAUUAAGUCUUACAAGUUUCAAGUGCAAUCAAUAACAAAUUGGUUUAAAAUUACACUAUUUAUAUUUUAAGUGUUUUAAAGAUAUAUUUUAAAGUCAGGAGUAAAAUCUUUUUAUAUUAGUUUUAAUUCUAACGGUUUUUACAUAGUUUUGCGUAAUAAGAUGACAUAUAUACAAAAGAUUUAUACUUUAUAAUGAAAUAGUUAUGUUAAAUAUAUGUAUAUUGCGUAAAAAUAGACUUUAUUUGAAUAAUUUAGAUUGUUUUUAAUUAAGAAUUAUAAUGAUUAAAGUAAUAUAAAAACGGUUGAUACUACCAUGGUAUCUCGCAGUUUCGAUUCCCGUUUGAAUAAUUAUUUUGGGUUUGUAAAUAUGAAGAUCAGGCUUUAUUUUGAAACUGGUGGUACUUUUACCGACUUUAUCAAUGUCUCCUAAUAAUGUCAGUAUUAAAAAUGUAUUAUUAUAUUCAUUCAUAGUUAUAUUGUUGUUUAUGUUUUUUGUUGACUUUAUCUUUCCAAAGAAUCUAAAAUAUCCAAAUACUAUUAAAAUGUUAUUUUUUUAAUGUUCAACCUUACAAAAGUAUUUUUUUUAUUAAUUUAUAUGAAACUACCUUCGUGGCUAACUAACGCAUAUAUUAUAUAUACGAGUUCCUGAGAAUUCUCAAAGGCACUGAAUAGUGUCGGGACAAAGUCACAAUGCGACAAAUGAAACAGACACACAUUUAUGUCUGACAAAGUAUUCCAUGCUUUUUCUAUUGCUUUUUCAAUUUGUUACGUUAAAUCAAGAAUAACGGAAUAAAACAUAUCAAGAACUUAGGUUUAGUGUUAGUUUAGAUAUUUUUAUUUAUUUAUGGCAAUCUUUGUAGUCUUAGUAUAUGUAGUACAUUGUGUGCUACAUAUACUAAGAAUGUAAGAUUCGUAAUAUUUAAGUGUUUUAUUAUAGUUUCGCUUUUGUUCGUAUAUCUAUUUUCUUGUAUAUUUCGAUGAUCGAGAUGUCACAUUUCUAUUAUCAAUAAACAUUGACUUCAGUUACCAAAUUUGUAUAUACAUUCAAUUGUUUUAAAAUCUUGGUAUACUCUAAUUUUUUAUUCCGUAGAAUUCAGACAUUUUACAAGUGUUGCUACUAAAAAAUUUCUCCAUCGAAAAAGAGAAAAAAAUUACCCAUUUGAGGGUAAUAAAACAAGAAAUGCUUAUGCUUAAAUAGUAAAAUGUCUUACUUAAAUCUCAAAUAUUAAGUUUAUUUUCGGUUUUAUUAUUAUAUUUUCUAUUCAGGUUAAAUAGUAUGGACAGGGUAAAUCCUGUAUUGAUUAUUUUAAACUAAUAUUUCUAUUUUCAUUAUGCAAAAUAUCAGUUAAAAAAAAAUGUGCUCUUAGAUACAAUAAUUGCAUUAAAAUACUCGCGCCAUCUGGUGUCUAUGUCAUAUAAUCUAUAUUUUACUAAUAAAUAGUUAGUCUGACCGUGUUAAAAUAUAUUAUAUAACUCAUAUAAUAUAUAUAUAAUUGUAUAUUGUAAAAUAUAUGGUAAUGAAUAUUAUAUCCGUUUUCCUUGUUUGACGUCAAUUGGAAAAUAAAUCUGUUUAAAUAAUUGUUAUAAUUUAAUUUGAAUAAAUGUUAUUGAUUUUU